GAGAGGGGAGGGGAAGCGGAUCAGACGGCAGGUCGCUCCGAGUGAGACGCACCGAGUCCCGGAGACACAAAGCGGAUCCACACCGGAAUCUCUCCGAGGCGGCGGCGGCUUCUUCUUCUUCCUCCGCCGGUGGACUUACGCUCUUGACGGGGGGAUUUUUUUAUUCCACAGCAGCGACGCGCGGGGGGAAAGGGUCACCGAAAGGCUGUCCACCAUGUCGGGGAGCAGGGAGGAGGAGAGGAGGAAACUGGCCGACAUCAUCAACCACUGGAACGCCAACCGGCUCGACCUGUUCGAGAUCAGCCGGCCCACAGAGGACCUGGAGUUCCACGGCGUGAUGCGGUUCUACUUCCAGGACCGGGUCGCCGGUAACUUCGCCACCAAGUGCAUCCGGGUGUCGAGCACGGCGACCACGCAGGACGUCAUCGAGACGCUGGCCGAGAAGUUCCGGCCGGACAUGAGGAUGCUCUCCUCGCCCAAAUACUCGCUGUACGAGGUGCACGUCAGCGGCGAAGAGCGGCAGCUGGACCUGGACGAGAAGCCGCUCGUCGUCCAGCUCAACUGGAACAAAGACGACAGAGAAGGACGCUUCGUCCUGAAGAACGAGAACGACAUCCUGCCCAAGAAGAGCCAGAGCAACGGGCCGGAGAAGGAGAAGGACGGAGUGAUCCAGAACUUCAAGAGGACUCUGUCCAAGAAGGAGAAGAAGAAGGAGAAGAAGAGAGAGAAGGAUUUCGCCCGCAUCCCCGACGGAGACGAGCAGACGCUGAGCCGGGAGGACGGGGAGAACAGCCGGCUGGCCGCCGAGGUCUACAAGGACAUGCCGGAGACCAGCUUCACCAGGACCAUCUCCAACCCCGAGGUGGUGAUGAAGAGGAGGCGCCAGCAGAAACUGGAGAAGCGCAUGCAGGAGUUCAUGAGCAGCGACGGGAGGCCCGACUCAGGAGGCACUCUGAGGAUCUACGCUGACAGCCUGAAGCCAAACAUCCCCUACAAGACCAUCCUGCUCUCCACCAGAGACACGGCGGACUUCGCCGUGGUGGAGGCGCUGGAGAAGUACGGCCUGGAGAAGGAGAACCCCAGAGAGUACUGCAUCGCCCGGCAGGACGAUAAGUCUGGUAAGGAGGUGAUCCUGGACGACAGCGAGUGUCCACUGCAGAUCUUCAGGGACUGGCCUGCAGACAGAGGAGCGUUGGUGUUCCAGCUGAAGAAGAGGCCUCCGGACUACCAGGGCCGGAAGGGCAGGAAGGCGGAGGUCAAAGGCCUCCGGGGGAAGGACGGCGCUCUGCCGCCCGAGAAGCUGCCGUACCUGGUGGAGCUCAGUCCAGGCCGAGGGAAUCACUAUGCCUACUACGCCUAUCGGCACCACGAAGACGGGUCCGACUCGAGGGACAAACCAAAGCUGUACCGGCUUCAGCACAGCAUCACUGAGGUGGGCUCAGACUGCACAGAGGACGGAGCCAUCCAGCUGCUGGGCCCGGGCAUCCUUCCUCACCACUGCAACCUGAUGCACAGCGAGGGCAUGGUGACGGUGACGCCGCACGGCCCCGACGCUGACACCUUCGUGGACGGCCAGCGCGUCACCGAGACCACCGUGCUGCGCUCGGGCUCCACGCUGCAGUUCGGCUCCGCCCACGUCUUCAAGUUCGUGGACCCCAUGUUCGACCAGGGCGGGAAGAGAGAGCCGGGCGCCAUGAUGAGGGACCGCCACAAGUCUGGCAGCGUACCAGAAACGACCUUUGACCUUCACGGAGACGUCCACAGUGGAGCUGCACUGCCCACCAGCAAGAGCUCAGGGAAGCUGGAGAUGGAGAGAGGGAUGGUCAAACCCAUGAUCCGAGGAGAGCAGCAGGACAGCAGGUCUCAGGACGUCUCGGCCGACCGGACGGAGCUCACCCUCCCUGCCAGCAUCGAGUUCAGAGACAACUCCGAAGACACCUUCCUCUCGGCCAUCAUCAACUACACCAACAGCUCCACGGUGCACUUCAAGCUGUCGCCCACCUACGUGCUGUACAUGGCCUGCCGCUACGUGCUGUCGCCCGCCUACCGGCCCGACAUGUCGCCGUCGGAGCGCACGCACAAGGUCAUCGCCAUCGUCAACAAGAUGGUGAGCAUGAUGGAAGGAGUCAUCCAGAAGCAGAAGAACAUCGCGGGAGCGCUGGCCUUCUGGAUGGCCAACGCCUCCGAGCUCCUCAACUUCAUCAAGCAGGACCGAGACCUGAGCCGCAUCACGCUGGACGCCCAGGACAUCCUGGCACACCUGGUCCAGAUGGCCUUCAAGUACCUGGUCCACUGUCUGCAGGCCGACCUCAACAACUACAUGCCGGCCUUCCUGGACGACCCCGAGGAGCACAACCCCCAGAGACCCAAGAUCGAGGACGUCCUGCACACGCUGACUGGGGCGAUGUCGCUGCUGCGCCGCUGCCGGGUCAACGCGGCGCUCACCAUCCAGCUCUUCUCGCAGCUCUUCCACUUCAUCAACAUGUGGCUCUUCAACAAGCUGGUGACGGACACCGACUCGGGGCUGUGCUGCCACUACUGGGGCGCCAUCCUGCGGCAGCAGCUCAGCCACAUCGAGGCCUGGGCGGAGAAGCAGGGCCUGGAGCUCGCCGCCGACUGCCACCUCAGCCGGAUCGUGCAGGCCACAACGCUGCUCACCAUGGACAAGUACUCCAUGCAGGACGUGCAGAACAUCCACAACACCUGCUUCAAGCUCAACUCCCUGCAGCUGCACGCCCUCAUGACCAACUACCACUGUGCCCCCGACGAGCCGUACAUCCCCCCUGAGCUGAUCGACCACGUGGUGGCCGUGGCGGAGAACACGGCGGACGAGCUGGCGAGGAGCGACGGCCGCGAGGUGCAGCUGGAGGAGGACCCCGACCUGCAGCUGCCCUUCCUGCUGCCGGAGGACGGCUACUCGUGCGACGUGGUGCGCAGCCUCCCCAACGGCCUGCAGGACUUCCUGGAGCCGCUGCUGCAGAGAGGGUUCUGUCGCCUGGUACCUCACCCGCGGUCACCCGGCACCUGGACCGUCCACUUCGAAGGAGCCGACUGCGACAGCCACUUCUCCACCGCGGACAGCUCGGAGAUGCCAAUGAGGAAAGAGCCGGAGGUCGUCACGGUGACCCUGAAGAAGCACAACGGCAUGGGCCUCAGCAUCGUGGCCGCCAAGGGUGCAGGUCAGGAGAAACUGGGCAUCUACAUCAAGUCCGUGGUCAAAGGAGGAGCGGCCGACAUGGACGGCCGUCUGGCUGCAGGCGACCAGCUGCUGAGUGUUGACGGCAGGAGUCUGGUCGGUUUGUCACAGGAGAGAGCUGCAGAGUUGAUGACUCGGACCGGUUCAGUCGUGACUCUGGAGGUGGCGAAGCAGGGAGCGAUCUACCACGGCCUGGCCACGCUGCUGAACCAGCCCAGCCCCAUGAUGCAGAGAGCGUCGGACCGCGGCCGGGACAAAAACGGGAAAAUGCGACCAAAGAGCGAGGGCUUCGAGUUGUACAACAGCUCGGUGCAGAACGGCUCGCCGGAGAGCCUGCAGCCCGGCUGGGACUCGUACCCCGAACCAAAGAAGAUGAGCGGAGAGGACCGGCUCCUGAAGAACCGGGCCGACCACCGAUCCAGUCCCAACGUAGCCAAUCAGGGUCAGAGUCCUGCCAACAAGUCGGUGUACCCCGGAGGCCCCGGCACCAAGAUCACCUCCGUCUCCACCGGGAACCUGUGUGCAGACGACGAGCCCUCCCCCCCUCGGCCCGAGGCCUACCCCAUCCCCACACAGACCUACCCCAGGGAGUACUUCACCAUCCCGGCCUCCAAGAGCCAGGACCGGGUGGUGGGUCCAGGCCCCGGUCCGGGUCCCGGUCCGGGUCCCGCUCAGCACUGGCAGGGCAUGGAGGACCGAGAGCGCCUCCCUGUGGUGGAUAACAUUCACAACAGCAUGCAGAGGAUCAACCACUCCCAGGAAGACCUGUUCCCCCCUGGACCCCUGAGGACCGACGAGCGCAUGCAGCCGCACUACCAGCAGGACUACCAGCACCGGGACCUGGACUACCAGCACCGAGAGCUGGACUACCAGAGACCGCCUCCAGGGGUCGGGGGUCCGGACCACUGGGCCCCCCAGCCUCAGGUCUCGUCCUCUCUGGAGUCGUCCACGUCCAGCCAGGAGCACCUCAACUUCUCGGCGUCCUCGUCCUCCUCCAACAAGACCCAGAACCAGAAGACGGGCCCGGGCCGGUGGAAGACCCCCAACGCGCCGCCGCCGCACCCGGCCCAGCAGCAGCAGCAGCCGUCCCGCUCCGACCUGCCCCCCCCGCCGCCGCCGCCCCCGGCCGCCUACCCCGACCCCUACGACCCGUACGACGGCCAGCCGGACCUGCCGCUGCCGCCGCCCCCCGCCGCCGUGUCCGCGGCGACGGCCCAGCAGGCCGCCGACCGCAAGAAGCGGGAGGAGCAGCAGCGCUGGUACGAGAAGGAGAAAGCUCGGCUGGAGGAGGAGAGGGAGCGGAAGCGGCGGGAGCAGGAGAGGAAGCUGGGUCAGAUCCGGGCGAACCCCGUCAUGCCGGUUCAGCCCCACAACAACGGCGGCUCCCUGCCCCCGCCCCACCACCAGCCCCCCGUGGCCUCGGUGGCCCCCCCGCAGCCCUACCUGCCCCCCCAGCCCCAGCCUCCCCCGUCCAGACCGGAGAAGCUGGCCAGCCUGCCGCGCUCCGCCGUGCCUCCGCCCGCCAGUGCCUCCAACCCCGCCGGCGUGGACACGGUGAUCCGGGAGCUGCUCCCCCAGCAGCAGCCCCGCACCAUCGAGAGGCGCGACCUGCAGUACAUCACCAUCAGCAAGGAGGAGCUGACGUCCAGCGACAGCCUGUCCCCCGACCCCUGGAAGAGGGACGCCCGCGAGAAGGCCGAGAAGCAGCAGCAGCUGCACAUCGUGGACCUGCUGGACAAGGAGAUCCAGGAGCUGCAGGCGAAGCCGGAGCGGACGGCCGAGGAGAACGACCGGCUCCGGAAGCUGAUGCUGGAGUGGCAGUUCCAGAAACGCCUGCAGGAGUCCAAGCAGAGCGACGAAGACGAGGAGGAGGAGGACGACGAGGACGUGGACACCAUGAUGAUCAUGCAGAGGCUGGAGGCGGAGAAGAGAGCCAGGUUGCAGGACGAGGAGCGGCGGCGCAAGCAGCAGCUGGAGGAGAUCCGCAAGCGGGAGGCGGAGGAGCGCGCCAAGCAGGAGGAGGAGCGGCGGUGGAGGGAGGAGGAGCGCGCCAAGCGGGAGGCGGAGGAAAAGAGGAGACAGGAGCAGGAGUACUACACCCGCCUGGAGGCGGAGCGGCGCCGGCAGCACGAGGAGGCGGAGCGAAAGCUGCUGACGCCGGAUGAGCCGGCCGGUCUGUAUCGGCCCCCGCUGCCCCGGGACUACCAGCCCCCCGCCCCCCACAACCCUACUAACACCCCCCCGCCCCCCCCGCAGAGAAACACCUCCUACCUCAAAACGCAGGUCGCCUCCCCCGACACGCUCUACACCGCCACCUUCGUCUCCUACGCGGGCGACGAUGAAGACGAGGACGAAGGCCCCGGCGGCGGCGGCCAGUCAGGAUUUAACUCGUACACUGGAAACUCAUCAGGAGUUGUAGGAUCAGGAGAAGUCUACAGACCGCGAGACAAAUGGACCAAGAGUCAGGAGCAGGAGAACUCGAUCCCCAGCGGCGCCCCGGAGAACUUGACCUUCAAGGAGCGCCAGCGUCUCUUCUCUCAGGGGAAGGAGGUCUCCAACAAGGUCAAAGCUUCGCGCAAACUCAUGGAGCUGGAGAACGAGCUCAACACCAAGUAGACCCCUCCUCCCCCUGGCUCCGCCCCCGCCCCUCUGGCUCCGCCCCCCCGUGUGGCGUUCAGGUGCGCCCGGGACAGUUUCUUUAAUCGGUGGAUAACUGGACGGUUGUUUCGGUUUCCCUCCGUUAGAGUUCUAAUGAAGAAGCACUGGUAAAGAAGUUUUAAUUCUAUCUGGAGAGAGUUUUGAGAAACGGGGGUUUCUGUGUUUCUGUUUCCUCUCAUCGGCUUCCUGAUACAUGAACAAUUUUAUGCUGUUAUUUUAUUUUUUACACUUUUAAUUCCUGAGAAAGCGGAGCUCCAGACCAAUCUUUUAUCAUUAUUUUAUUCUUUUUUUUUUUUUUUUUUAAAGAAAAGGAAACACUGUUCUUUCAUUCCGUAGCGAGAACUGGUGGGACGGUUCCCCCCCCCCCCCGUUUCUUCUGUGAUGUUCUAGUAAAGCUGACGGUUCUCCGGUGGAGGAUCUUUAAGUGCACAACACGACUGUAAAUACCCACAACUAUUUUACUACUGUAGAAACCUGCCAGGAAACUCAAAGGUUUUGUUUCUGGGUGAUGGAAACAAACGCCCCUCCCCCCCCCCUCCUCCUCCGAAGCGCCGCCUUGCCUCGGUGGCUUUUUAACCCCCCCCCCCCCCCUUCGAUUUCAGGUGACUUUAAUCUUCUUUUAAUCGCAAGUAGUCUCUUUAUUUUUGCCGAGUUGUGUGAGAUUAAUUUGAUUGUACACCCGGAGAAGGACCGCCCUCGCUCCCGAUGUGAUUCACCACAAUAUUAUGAUUAAUAAACCAUUUUUUAAAAAAUAAAAAAACCGGAGAUUUGCGGCGACUCUUUCAGUGCUUGUUUGCUUUACAGAUAUUUAUUUGAAGACCUUGUGGGAGAAAACUUGCACAAAUUCUUUUUUUUUUCUUUUAGUCAACGUGUCUACAAGCUGUUUGGAGGGACCUCUCCUACUGUGCUCAGCUGGUGUAAGAAACAAGCGCGCCUCUGGUUCUCGCUCCAUCUGUGUGUGGACUCCUUUUUUUUUUUUUGUUUGUUUUCUCGGCUUCAAAAUAAAACAAAAAAGACACGAACUGUUAAAACUGACCUGUUUAAAAAGAGAAAAUCACCACUAUCCCCCCCCCCCCCUCCCCCCCCACAUGACAACAAAAUCCCUUUUUAGGUUUCAAAAUGAACUGAAUCAUUUAAAUGGUUUCAUGUUUAGCCUUUUGUAAAUCAUUAAUAAAUACAGAUUUUCAACA